GAUAACUCGUCUGCGAGCCGUGAGCUCACCAAGCCUUGACCAAGUUCAGAGUCGCAAUCGCCCUCUGCCGGAGGAGAGGCGCCAGUGACACUACCCGACUGCAGUAUACUCCUGCUCUCCGGCUCAGGGCUCUCAUUCGCUAGAAGAUGGCGGACUGCACUUCACUGUUGGAUGAGGAGCUCUCUUCUUUCGUCUUCAAUUACCUGACAGAAAACACCGGGAGCCAGUACGGGGAGGAAGAGGUCUAUUCUGACCGCCUGGACGCGGACUUUCCCGACAUUGACCUCUCCCAGCUGGACGCCAGCGACUUCGACUCGGUCAACUGCCUCAGUGAGUUACGAUGGUGCAACGACCAGUCAGACGCCUCCCCAGCCUCCAGCUGCUACAGCUCGGGGGACCCCGAGCUCUUUGAGAUAGAAGACGAAAAUGCGGCGCUGCUGGCUGCUCUCACAGACAGCCUUGACGGGAUGGUGGACGAGGUGGGGGGGCUGUCUGGGUUCCCCUCGCUGGGGGAGGGGGGAGAGGGGGAGGAGGACCUCCCCUUGGAAAGUGACCCCUUCCCAGCCCCCCCUAGCCCAGAGACAGAAGACCCGUCUCUACUAAAGAAGCUCCUGCUCUGCCCCACCAACGUGCCUGUCAGCUAUGAAAUGCACAAUCAAGGCACCACACAUCGCCAUAGCAAUGGACACCCCAACCUCAAGCCCCAGAGGCCUUCAGUAAAGCCUGCUAGCGCUCAGGAGCGGAAGCCCAGACUCCCGCGUCCGCAGGGCCGCACGUGCACCGAGCUGCACCGCCACUUGACCACCGCCCGGGAGGCCGAGGACACCGGGGCGGAGAGCGAGUCGGAGGAAGAGGAGGAGGGGGACUCUUCCAGCGAGGGCGAGGGCGAGGCCCCGGCCGCGCCCCCUUCCCCGCAGUUCAGCUCCGAGGAGGAGCUGCGCUCGGUGGUGGAGCUCGUCAAGUACAUGCACACCUACUGCAUCCCCUCGCGCAAGCAGCUCGGCGCGGACAGGAGGGAGCGCGAGGGCCCGGGCCCCGCCCGGAAGCUCAGGCCCGAGGGCCCGGCGGGGAGGCCGCAGCCCCCGCCGCCGUGCCCCAGGGCCGCCCCCCCCCGCUCCGUCUUCGCCCGCAGGAGGGAGGGGAAGGGGCACUCGCUGCUCCAGGAGCUCCUGGAGUCGGCCCGCCCCUACGACGUGAGCAAGCCUUACCGACUCCACGGCCCCCCCUACUCCCACGGCAGGGGAGCGGCGCCUCCGGACACGCCGCCCGGGCCCGCCCACGUCCACGCCGAGCCCAGAGACUCGAGAGGCAGGGACCAGGCCCUGGCCUCUCCCCCGGCGCAGCCCGGAGCCGCCAGGCCAGCGAAGAAAACCCAAGAGGCUUCCUUCUCAGUGCGGCGGUCCAGGAGGCUCGCCUCCUUUCCCGGACGCUUCGCCAAGAGGCCCUGGGCAGCGGGGGGCCGGGGGAGGGCCGAGACGGGCCCUGCCGCCCGCCCCGCGGAGGAAGCUUCCGGCGGGGGCGCUUCCUGUGAGGCGGGCCGGACGGGCCAGCGGCGGACGGCCGCGCCCAGCUCGCCGUGUGGCCAGAGCGAGAAGCGUGCCUGUCUGUGUCUGCCGCUGACUCCUAAAUCCACAGGGGAAACACAAUACGCUAACAAGCCCUUCGAACAGACACUAAGUGUGGAGCUGUGCGGCACAGCAGGGCUCACACCUCCCACAACACCCCCCCACAAGCCGGUGGAGGACGACCUCUUCAAGCCCGAGGUCAAGGGGGAGUCUCCGCCGAAAGCGUCCUGGCCCCCCGCGGGGUCGGGAGGAGGCCGGCUGGCGUCGCGGAAGCUUCCGGAGCAGACGGAGCUGUACGCGCACCUGAGCAAGGCGGGCGAGGGCGCGGAGGGGGAGGAGCCGGCGGGGCAGGCCGGGAGGGCGAAGGGGGCCGGCGCCCGGACUUUCGGGGACCACGACUACUGCCUGCGGAGCGGGGCCGGGGAGGGCCGCGGCCCGCAGGCCCAGCUCGUCCCCGGGGCGCCGCCGGAGUGUUUGGACAAGCUGGGGCGCAGCAGCUCGCCGUCUCCCCAACAAGCCUUAUCCCCCCACAACGCCGGGCAGAGGGCGGAGCGACCCUCCCGGCCCCCGGCGCCCAGCCGCCGCGCGUCCUGCUGCCCCUGCAGCCCCUCCCACUCCCCCAGCGGAAGGCAGAGCUUCAGCUGUGAGAAUUCGGAGACGUGUCAUGGAGAAAAACAGAGGAAUAAAGCGAACGACGAGUGCCGCGUGUUCUACAUUCACAACCUGCCGAGCGGCAUCACGCAGACGAUGCUGCGCCGGCGCUUCGAGGCUUUCGGAGAGCCGGAUGAAUGCAAGGUCAUCAUAAAAAACAACGAGCGUUGUGGCGUUAUCACCUACCGACAGGCUGAGAGCGGGCCAGGACCACACAGGAGACGAGAACAGUCCGGCUUCGGGGGGCUGCGCAGGUUCUGCAGGAAGCGCUACAUUGACCUGGAUGAGGCUGGCCCUGGCCCGGUGAAGAGCAAAUACGAUGCCAUGGACUUCGACACCCUGCUGAAGGAGGCACAGAAGAGCCUGCAUCGCUGACAAGCCUUAAACCCAAUGAAGACUCACUCGCCUCAGUACCUCAACCAGGGCACCCCUCGUAACUGUUUACGUUUUUAACUUGGGGGGGGGGGGGGGGAAAAACCGAACAGACCUUUUCUCUGGAAACUGAGGAGGGAGGGAGGUAGAAGGAGAAGUUUACACUGAACACGAAGCUGCUUCCUGUGUGCGUGUUAUCAGAAUCGCCUCGGCCCCCGUUCCAGAAGAGAAACGGCGGGGGAGGGGGGUCGCGCAGCGUAGCAACAGCACUCUUUCCAUUGGUCGUUGUGACGUGCGUUAAUGUGUGUGUGUGUGUCGAUUUACUGUCGGUGGGUUCGCAGCCGCGUUCGCCGCCACGUUUGUCUUUGUGACCAAACUGCUUUGACGUAGCCAGAAUUGUGGAUGUAAAAAAAAAAAACCAACCCGUGUGCAUACUACAGUAUAAAAUAGAAAAUAAAAUCACAGAAAAGCAAUUGACAAGUUAGAGUUUACAAGUCUUGGGGGGGGGUAACUUCUUGUUUUGUAAUUUUAGUGCUUCCUUAAUUUCAUCUAUGCACUCGUGACAAGGUAAUUGUCUGCUCUUUCAAUCCCCGUCCUUCCCCGUCUGUGGCUUGGCUGCUGGUCUCCAGCAGGGGGCGCUGAGGGAGUCCCCCCCCCAUGGCUCUUGCUGGGACGAGCGAUAAUCGACUUGAGAAAAACCUGGUUGACGUUUUUUUUUUUGGAACAAGCAGCAUCGAAGAGUACGUGUGCAUUCUGAAGUGGCUCUAGUCUUGGGGGGGGACCAUCAAGGUUCGUCUAGUAUCUAUAGACUGCUGCGGCCACGUGGAUUGAAUGAAUCUAACCUUUGACGUUCAGAAAUCCUGUAGAUGAGGACCAGAACCAGGACAAUUUUGUGUCGAAGACGACCAGUACAUGAACACUAAACCAAAUAGCAGAGAAAGACCGCUUUCGAAAUGCUUUUGUUUCUAAACGCUCCUUCACCCUUCCGCUUUCUGUCUUCAGGAAAACCCCAGCAGCGAGGUAGUAAUUGGGAUAUUCAAGGAGCCUUUUGCCCCUGCUGCUGUCCAUCUUCAGGCAUCACUGUACAUCGUCAGAGCUCUUUUGCGACAGUAGCAGUCAGCCUCUGGAUCGCUGCGUUUCCGAGAGAGAAUAUUUCUUGCGUUCAGUGGCGAGAACCGGGAAAGCCAGAGAUUCUAGAACUGUCCUUGCCCCCAGGAAUCCAGAGGGGUUUCUCUACCUCGUUUACAGCCUGUCUCUCUCUCUGUCUUUCUGUAGCUCUUUCUUUGCCAACUCGGAGAGCACUUGCCUUGUGGCUGAACUAGCUCUGUCUGUGUGUGUGUUUCUGCCCGUCUCUGUGUACGGGCGCUGAGACUGCAGGGGACUCCUACCAAUUUUCCAACUCGCUCGCUGUCUCCGUCUCUCCAUUUUCUUAGCCUCCUGCCGGUCCUCCUGUCUCAAGAUCCCAACGUGCAGUGUAGCCCUUUGUACUUGUGAGGGAGGUGGGGUAAGGGAGGGACUGUACUGUAUGUGCCCCUCUGUUUUAAAUGUUCCUAGCCUGCCUCCAGCCACCCCCAAAAUCUUUCUCCCUCUUCCACAUCUCCUCUCCUUUUACAAGGGAAUGUUUACAUCACAUGGAUUCUCCUUCUUUAUUAGAACGCACACUAAGUACAAAGACGCCUUAUUCAGUGUUCGCAGUACCCUACUAGGAGGUGCCGUGCUGGCUUACCUUAGUAGGUUACUUAUUUAAAAACUACAAGCAUAUUUAGUGUUAUACAUACUUCAAAAAUUAGUGGCAUCCAUGUUUCGUCAUGGACCACAAUGUCCUGAAUGAGCAUUUGUACUUAGUAUGUAUACUACUAAAUAGUGAGAGAAUGUGCAGGUUUACAUAAUUAACCAGGUUGGAAUGGCAUAUCUAUGGUGUAUAUAUGGAACCAUGCCUAGACGUAACAUGAAGUGUAUUGUUGUGUACUCUAUGGCUCUGUGUAAAUGUAUUUAAUGAUGGUGGUAGGUAAUAAUCCUAAUUUAAUGUAAGGGGGAGAAUAUGCCUAUUGAAUCGUGGCUUGGCCUGUCAAAACACCGGUAUGAGAAUGCUUUUAAGCAGACAUUAAACUAUUGUAGUCUGUAUUUUUAAACUGCAGUGGAUGAGAAGUUCAAAAUCGUGCUCACAAACUCGUAAAAUCCCAGCUGAUGGCAAAUGUCCUCUGCUCCAAAAUCAGCCUUUUCUACUGCGGAAAGGCAUAACAUUUUAAAAAAAUAGUCAAUUUGCUAUUGAAUAGCAUACUGUGUGUGGAUUAGAUGAACAUGGCGAUAUUUGAUUCAGCCUGGGCCAUAGAAUUCCCCAUUUCGGAAGGUAGAGGUUGGUGUAACAAUUGUGUGUUCAUCAGCUGGAUAGCUACUUGUUUGAGUUUUGGUCAGUUAUAAUGCUAAUUUACGUUACCGGCACUGCUGGUAUCAAAUUUUAACUUAGAAGCAAUUACAAUGAAUUCUAGGGUCUGUGCUGGUUUUGACUGAAUUUUAUUUUAAUGAAGGUCUUGAAAGAUUUGUGUAAAAGGAAAAAAAAAAACAUUGUUUACUUUUGCCAUACCAAGGUUCAGGAUGUCAGAAUGUCUGAAUCCUUUUUGGCAUUAAAGUACCACAAAAAGGGAUAAAAGUAAAAAAUGUAGUAAGGAGAGCCUUAAAAUAAUUGAGUGAACAUAAAGCUACAAAUUGCUUUUAUCAAUACUGUAUAAUCUCCUUUUAAAUGUCCUGUGUGUUUAUAAAUCACAAAAUAAUUAAAACUUUUAAUACAGCCAUAUUAUAAACAGUAUAUAUACAUAUAUAUUUGUGUGUGUGUAGAUAGAUAUAUAGACGAAUAUAUAAUUUCUUACUGAAAGCUUUAAUGUUGACCACUGUCUUCAUUUUAAAAUUAUUGAUCAUUUCAAGCAUAAUCAUUGGUCUUUCGUGUGUGUGUGUGAAACAGCAAAAAGAUUUCCAAACAUUUUCACGGGCUGCUCAGAAAGAAAGCAAUGCAAAAUGUGUCAAAAAAUACUUUCUGUUCAUCAGUAAUCUCACCAAAAAACUGGCCAUCAGCUGACUCCUCUGAAGUCCAAUCGUAACCAGGGUCCAAAAUCAAAUUAACGUCUUUCAAACGGCGUUUUAACACCAUGCGCCCCACAGCCGUGUCAAACAAUGACGUACUGUUUCCCCCCUAGCAGAGUUACAUGGGAACGCUCCCAAUUAAGAUUCCAGUCAAGAUCUGAGUUAAUUGGAUUUUGGAUCCUGCCUGAGUUUCCUGUAACAGUAGCCGGUUUAGUGCGACUUCCUGUUAGGGACAUGAUUGAUGAACGAGGUUGUUUCUUUACAGGCAAAAACGCUUGAAGGAUAUUCUGAGCUGUUUUUUUGGUGUUAAAACUGGUUUCCUCUCUUGGAGUUUUGAAUGCCUGCUGUGCGUCUCGGGGUUUUUUUUUUCUGCCGUCAAUCUCUGAAAUCGCCGUCGGUCGUUGUUUUCAAAUGUGAAACGCCCGUGCAACUUCUUGCCGGAGAGAGUGGACUGUCCCCAUGCUGGGAGAGAUUCUGGUCAAGUGGUUUGUUUGUUCAUAUCUACUGUACAUCAUUUGAUCAGAGGUGAUCAUAUGACCACGUUUUUAUCCUCGGAACAUCCUUCGGAAGUACAUUCGCAUCAGUACUCUCUCUGUACUCAAGGUCCAUGGUAUGACGUGUAUUAAAAAGGGCAUAUUUUUUUACAGUUUUGUGUCUUUUCAUCUAACAAGACGUUCGCAACCUGAUUUUUUUUUAACAUUUGUUUUGGUAUACAGUAUUUGACUAGUAAAGGUUUAUAUUUUUUACAUACGUUGGUUUUUAUUUUAUUUUUAUUCUUUAUUUAAAUGGCACUUAGCUGGAAUGUCUUUUAAUCCUGUUUCUUAUCCAAAUCGUGAGAUUUCAUACGUCUGGGAAGUGUGAAGACAAAAAUGCAUUUCUGUAUUUUUUGAAUCGUUAAAAUGCUCUAGUUUCAUAGAUAAUUUUACCAAAAUAGCUGAAAUUAUCUGAUGUGAUAAAUUCUAUUUUAAGUCAUGUAAAUAGUUUUAAAAGAAGAGAAACUGGCUUCCUUUUAAACUAAAGAAAAUUUCUCUGGAGAGAUUGUUUACAUUAUUAAACUGUAGAGAUGUUGCUCAUAAACUGUAAAAAUAAAUAUAUUCAUUGAUUUCUCCUCCAAAAAAUAAAAACCUUAAUGAACAAC